AUGUUCACAUCCUCGAAUCAUGCCCACCAGAGCAAUGGUCUACACUAUGAAUCACAAAACAAUCACAACUCAAACGGUCACCUCCAUCCACCACAACCUUCCCAAUCACACAAGUCUGCCGCUUCAUCUCACCCUAAAGAGACAAUAUCCGUCAUUGGUAUACCUUCAGUCUCUAUACAGAAUGGAAAACUCCUCGUCGGAGACUCUCGUUCAAACUCCCAUCGCUCUUAUACACCCAUCAAGACCCUGGGUGACGGUUCUUUUGGAACAGUCUUGCUGUGUGAUUGGCAUGGGACCCUACCCCCCAAUACACCCCUCUCUCCUAUGCAAUGCGGUGGCGGAGCUAGGCCAGAAUGGGCUGGAAAGCGUCUCGUCGCCGUAAAGAGAAUGAAAAAGAAGUGGGAGGGAGGUUGGGAUGAAUGUAAAAAGCUCAAGGAGCUCGAAUCAUUACGUGCAAUACCAUUUCACCCCUGCAUAAUUCCACUCUAUGAUUUUUUUCUCCUACCAGAUACCAAGGAACUCUAUUUCGUCUUCGAGUCUAUGGAAGGUAAUUUAUACCAUCUCAUAAAGGCGCGGAAAGGCCGUACCCUUGCUGGUGGCCUCGUUGCUUCUAUUUUCCGUCAGAUCGUCUCGGGUUUGCACCACAUUCAUUCUUCGGGUUAUUUCCAUCGCGAUAUGAAACCCGAGAAUGUCCUCGUUACCACAACAGGCCUCUUCGAAUACCGUUCAAUAUCUCCGAUAGCACCUCCCAAUGCGCCUACAGAGAAGGAUGUCGUCGCGAUCAUAAAGCUUGCCGAUUUUGGCCUCGCGAGGGAAACACUCAGUUCACCGCCAUACACCGAAUAUGUUUCCACACGUUGGUAUCGCGCCCCCGAAGUCUUGCUUCUCAGUCGAGAUUACUCAAAUCCUGUCGACAUGUGGGCUCUUGGUACGAUCAUGGCUGAGCUUGUCAACCUUCGACCAUUAUUUCCGGGUUCCGGUCAAAUAGACCAGAUACAUCGCAUUUGCGAGGUUCUCGGGGACCCUGCAGACCAUGGAACGGACGUCCGUGGCAGAUCCGUCGGUGGUGGCAAGUGGACCAGAGGACUUAAGAUGGCGAAACAGUUCAAUUUCGCCUUUCCAAAGUCCUCUCCUCGGGACUUUUCGUCGUAUUUCGACCGCAGUGUCCCUCGCAAACUCAUCGAUUGUAUAUCGGACUUACUCAAGUAUGAUCCUGAUAAUCGUCUUACCAGUCGACAGUGUCUCGAACAUCCAUACCUUAUCGAAGCUCUACCAGGGAACGUUCCUCCGAUGCCUCCUGCUCUUCACACACAGACUCUGUCUUCUACGCCAUCGAAAUCAAUUUCAAACGGCAUACAUUACCUCACUCCCUCCGCUUCACCGCGCAGCAUCCCUCCAUCGCAUUCACAUCACUCUAUCCCCAAAUCACCCUACCAUCACCCUCCGAGCCUCCACCCGUCACACAUACCCGACGCUUCCUCCUCCCAUCGCUCCGCAUUUGUCCCCUCCUUCGUCACGCACACACCUAACUCGCACAAAACGUCAGAAUAUGUCGUUGAUCCACGCAUACACUCGCAUUCCCAUUACUCGGACAUUCAGGAAGAACUACGCACCCAAGGAAGCACACCGUCCCCUUGGGCUGGUCACGCGCGGAGUGAUUCCGACCAGAUGGAGGUAUCGUCUCCACAAGCAGAAGGCUUUCCUGACGUAUACCACGUGGGCCACCCUAUGGAAGUCCAAUCUUCCCCAACGGUACCGGAAUACCAGUCCCGUCCCCGUAUCGAGCCUGACCAUCCGAUGCCCGCCCACGAUGCCACCCAAUCGCCGAGCAUCAAACUCAGCAGCAAGCUACACUUCAGCCUUGGCAAGAAGCCCUCUAAAUGGGGUCUUUCUAUGUUUGGACACGGAGAGAAACUUCAUCAGCAGUCGCUGCCACCCGUCGACGAAGUACCUGCCUCUUCUAACUCAACGCCAUCGCUCAAGCGCACACAAUCCACGAACUCUGAUAGUCCGUCAUUGGCAGAGUUGCAGCCUAUCAACGGCCCAUCUCGUAAGGAUGCCAAAGCUAUCAAGAAGGAGGCAGAGCGACAACUGCGCGAAGCGGAAAAGCAGCGCCGCGCAAUGGCAGAGCGGACGCAGAGGGAACAGGCUCGUGCAGUCAUGCAGAAGCGCAGUCAGAUGUACAUGCAGACUACUUCGCGGAACGAGUUGGAGUGGAUGUGGCAAACGCAUGCCAGUUUGCUGAAUUCCAAUCAGCGGGGAACGCCAUACGAAGACAGCAAGUUGUCUGCUUCUGGUCCUAUUCGACAGAAGGAAACGCAAGCGGGUGUGAAGGUGUCAUCGCCAACGUUGAAUGCUGCUUCAGGUCGAUAUAUCAACCCUAUCGACGGCACGCUGGCUCCCACCGACCGGUGGGGGUUACGGGAUGAACGUUUGUCGAAAGCACGACGUAGAGACUUUGAUGAUGAUCACUCCAUGUCUUCGUCAGAUGUUCACAGCUUGAGCCGAAUGUCCGCCAUCUCGUUCGCCACAGUCGAUAGCGACCCUGGUCCGUCACGGACGCGAAGACCGACGCUGUACGGGAUCAACCGAAUGACAUCCGCUUCGUCGCUACGCACGGGCACGACGUCCUUUGACGAAUUCCCCACUUCUGCUCGGUCAUCAAACUCCAUCUCUCUGGACCACCAGUUCAAUGACUUUUGCAUACGUGCCUCUGUUGAUUCUUCCGCGUCAGGAGCUUCCUCACCUCCGCCUCUCAAUCUGCUUUCCCUAUCACCAUCACCACGGCCGUGGAUUCGCACCGAUUCUACCAGUCCACAGCACUCGUCAUAUAUGGUUCCUCCGAUGAUACGAUAUCCUUCGUCUUCUCACAAGUCAUAUGAAUGUAAUGGACAACUAUAUGGUCACCCUCCAAGUCCAGGGAUAGAUCCUCAAUCCGUCAUAAAUCCGAUAUUCAAAGUGACUCCAUUACCAUCAUCCCCUAGUGAUCAUCUAUCAUCGCCACAUUCUCUCCCCCCGUUCUCUCAACUGGAAGCAGUCGCAGAAGGGGAAUACCCUCCAUUGUCGCCCAUGUCUUUCCAUUCGCCGGAAGAUGACUGA